CUUUUUAGCCCACGUUAUGGCCGCGGGCUCGGCGUAUAGGUUAGGGUAGGGCCCUAGGAGAGCCGUGUGUUUUUCCUCUGCCUUAGAUGUGAAUUCUGGUUAACAUUGUCCCUCCUCUUGCGCCGGCACAGAGGCCACCAGCUCACUACCCCCCACCUCCGCGUCCAAAGUUGCCAGCUUGGGGCUGCUCGGGCCAGCGCUUGCAUUGCCAUACCAAGCAGUGCCUUAGUGCUUGCAUCUCCAGAUCGGCGUCCGGACUCGCCACUGGGAGCAGCUGUCAGGAGCUGCACUCCCUGGUUCUUGUACUGCUACUUCUCUUCCCCUCCUCUCUCAGAUGGGAAGAUUGUAGUGGUGGAGUAGGGCAAGGAGGCAAUGCGGUACAGGUCAAGAAGGGCAGUGGUAAGAGCGGAGAGGUGUCGAAACGGAUCAAACCGCAAGCAAGAACCACAGGGAGGGACGCAAGUAAGAGCAGUAGUCACUUGUGAGACUUCAGCUGGAAGCUCUCGCUCAGUAGUCCUGGUGGAGUGUUUUCGAGGCUGAGCAUAGAACUGGCGACAGCAGGGCAAGUGACCUACUUUCAGCCGUUGCGGAUGGGGGCCACUAUCAAUGCCCUUUUGUUGACUGCUCUCCUGGUGUCUCUUUUCUCGCUACAAGCUGUAGCUACUGAUCCCUUUUUCGGAGACCGCCCGAUUGGAAACCACCCUCCCGGUGUGGGUCGUCAUCCCCCUGGAAUUGGACGCCAUGGCCCUGCGUGGAGCAAGUGGAGAGCUUACAUUGCUCUGAAGGCAUGGAAGAAGGCCAUCACCGAUGAUCCCAAAGGGAUCCUUAAGACAUGGGUCGGAAAGGAUGUCUGCAAGUACGAAGGGGUCUUCUGUUCACCUCCCGAGGAUCCGGAUCUUCAGUACCUUGAGGUGGUAGCCGGCAUCGAUCUGAAUGACGCCGAUUUGAAGGGAACUUUGGUGCCGGAGUUGGGUUUGCUUCGGGAAAUUGGAAUAUUCCAUUUGAACAGCAACCGAUUCUCCGGAGAAGUGCCCGACUCAUUCCGUUACAUGAAGACGUUGUUUGAGCUUGACCUUAGCAACAAUCAGCUCAGUGGGUCUUUUCCGUUGGUCGUCCUGGACAUUCCCAAUUUGGUGUAUCUGGAUAUCCGAUUCAAUGAAUUCUUUGGCAAGCUACCGAGGGAGCUGUUCUCGAAGCCCACUUUGGAUGCGAUCUUCGUGAAUAACUGCAAUUUCGAGGGUGAUAUCCCUGACAAUUUCGGGGAGUCCCCUGUUUCCGCCGUGGUGCUCGCAAACAACAGAUUCGAUGGAAGCAUUCCUUCCUCCAUUCGGAACAUGAGCAAUACCCUGAACGAGAUUGUUGCCUUGGGUAAUAAUUUCCACGGAACACUUCCGAGUGAGAUCGGUUCAUUGAAGAAUGUCAACCUCUUUGACUACAGUGCCAACUACAUCUCAGGAGGGUUGCCUACGAGCAUUAAGAACAUGAGGGAUCUGGAGGUGUUUGACAUGAGCAGGAACUACUUGGCCGGAACAGUCACUGCUGAGCUCUGUGGACUGAACAAUUUGACAGCAGUCGCUCUCGACUACAAUUACUUCAAGGGAGUGGAUCCCACAUGUGCGCGCCUUGGCGAUAUCUUAUCUCUAGUUGGAAAUUGUGUGCCUGGAGCUCCUGGACAGAAGGACGAGGCAACAUGCGCACAGUUCUAUGGGCUCACUCCUCCGCGAACCCCAUCUAAUCCUACCCCAUCCAAUCCUCCUCGUUCCUCUUCACCACCUCCUCCAACCCCAUCCAAUCCUCCUCGUUCCCCAUCUCCCCCUCCCCCUUCCCCAUCUUCUCCUCCUCCUUCCCCAUCACAACCUCCUCCAUCUCCACCUCCUCCUUCCCCAUCACCACCCCCUCCUUCUCCAUCUCCACCCCCUCCAUCACCAUCUCCACCACCACCUCCAGUUGUGUCCCCACCGCCUCCUCCAGUUAUAUCACCACCCCCUCCUCCUCCUUACAUUUCUCCCGCUCCUCAGCCAGACACUGAAUGCCCAGAGGGUUACGAACCAGGGAAGAAGUCCGGUACAUGCUUCAUGCUCGUCAAGGAGCCGCAGACCUGGGCGGAGGCGGAGUACUACUGCCGCCAACAUUCCGAUGGUCACUUGGCUGCACCGGCUGACUGGGAUGAACUCAGAGAUCUCGGCAAGCUAUGCUACAAAUCGAACAGAACAGUAUUCCGUGACGAGAACAACCCUUGGGGCCUUGGCUGCUACUUGGGAGGAAGGCGACCUUACACCCUUGAGCCUGAAACCAAUGGGUGGAAUUACCCAGGUUAUCCUUGCAUUGAGUUCAACCAAUCUUUCUGGAACCACGGAGAGCCCAACAACUUGGGUGGACAGGAGGGCUGUCUCACCAUCAAGUUCGAAUCCAAGGAGCAGGCUCGUGACAAGUCUAAACUUCCUUACAUGUUGAAUGACUUGAGAUGUGACGUUCAGCUUCCGUUUAUUUGCUCCCUGACACGGUGUGAGGAUGGAUGUGACAACUCCAACACUUGCAAGACCUUGGGUGACGACGGUGCGGAGUGCCACUCGGACGCUAGUGCCGCGGUGGGCUACUCAUGCGACUGUAGUAAUGGUUACUCGUGGGACGAGUCCGGCACUUGUGUUCCGGAGUAAGUUCGGUAAUUUCAUAACUAUCAAGGCUAUUGCUGGUGUCUUCCAGAUGUGCGAGGGAGUUGAAGCUGCGGUGAACGCAGUAAGGGCGGAUGGGAGUGGACUAUCAGUCGGCAAAAAAUACUGCGUUUUUUUUUAAAAAUAUUUAGUUCAGGUUGGAUUAACAGCAGGAGUUGUUGGUGUUGGAGCUGUAAGGGAUUAGAAAGAUCUUGGAAGGUUUAUGCUAGUCAAGGAUAAUUGGUAAGGAUCAAGUAUAUGGAACCUUGCUCUAUCUCUCUCUUCCCGAGUAGCUGCUCGAUACCAGAGCAAUCAAAGAUUGCUCUUUCAAAGCACAUUGCCUGCACUCGAAUACUGUCUCACCGCCCAUUCCUUGCAUCUUGCGACAGCACUCGUAGGAUUGAAACAGUAGGAUUUCGUUAGCACCGGGCAUUUAUUGAUUUCUACCAUUAGCUGCUAUAUACUGAUCUCGAGGUGGUGGGAUUGGAAAAGGGGUGGAGUCUCGGAUUGCAGUGCUGUGCAGUGCAAUGCAGGCUUCCCCGGCUCCUCUCCCCCUCUCAAUAGUUGUCUCACUGCCAGCUCCCUUCGCUUGGCUGUGAACACAUUCUUUUAGAGUCGACUCUUUUUUCACUUUUUCUUUCUUUUUACUUCUUCCUUUGUAAAGGUGUGGUAUAAUGUUGAUGUACUGGAGUUUUCGCCGCACUCGUUCUCUCUCUGUUUGUUACCGCCAUUGAAUAAGACACAUCUGGGACAACUCUUUAAACUUGGCUGGAUGUCAUUUACCAUGAUUAAAACUGCAGGGUUUUCUUCUUGAUCCUCA